UCCCUCGACUCGGCUAUCCAAGGAAGUCGAACCUACGGGCCCACGGGGCAGCCAGAUUGUCAUGGGCAGACAAAUCGAUCUCAUCGGCUACAGGACAUCGGGAAACCUACAUAUCCGUAGGGCCUAGGCUAGAUCAACCCGAGGAUGGCCCAGAAGGAGGUGGUAGUGAACCAUGAACCCAUGGUAGCCGGUAUUCCGCUUUCCAUUGAAAAAGAGCCAAAGUUUGGUUCUUCACCACGAACAGUACAAUCUCGUAAAGUACGUUGCGCCAGAAUAAGGAUAGGAGUAAUCCGUAGGCAAAUCGCGUAUACCUUUCUCGGCCUCAUUCCGACUUGGUGGAUACCGACCAAGUACCGACAUUGCAUUCUGCAAAACAGGCACUGCAAAGACUGCAUACCUAGGGCCCGUCAAACGUCAACGAACGGCUCCUCGGGUGUGACCACCGAGCAAUCACCGGAGAGCCCAUCGUGGGCCCCCUUGAAGCAAGCAGUCCUUGAAAAGCGCCCACCUCUGCAGUGGAUAUUCGUGCAGAGCCCCGUGGUCUUGUCCAGCGGGGUUUCAUUUAAAUUGCAUGACCGUUUGAAGUUCGCUUCAUCAUCGGAAAUCCCUUGGAGAAGUAUGGAUACUCCGUAGUGUAAUGGUCCAUGGAACCACCGAUCGUCGUCGCCUUCUCGUGGAGGCCCACUGGCGAUUUCCACGUCCAGCCUCUUGAG